CUCCAGGCAGUCCUCCAGAGAACGUGAUGGCUCGGGCAGCUAGCGCCACUACUGUCAUUGUCACCUGGGAUGAGCCUAAGAUUCCCAACGGCGUGAUACAGGGAUACAAGGUGUUCUACACCACCUCUCCGGAGGAGCCCAUCUUUUUCUGGACGCAGCAGGAAGUCAAGAACGACAACCGAAUGGCCACCAUCACUGGCUUGACCCCGAAUAUGACCUACACCAUCAGUGUUUUGGCCUAUUCCAGCAUUGGUCAAGGCCCUAUGUCCCACCCGAUCCAAGUUCUGACCACCCAAGGAGUGCCCUACCAGCCGUUGAACCUGGUAGCAGAACCCAUCUCCCCAAAUGUGAUCCUGGUGAAGUGGGAACCCCCACAGGAAGCCGACAGCAUCAAAAGUUAUGAGCUUUACUUCAAUGACUCCCACUACAGACAGAACGGGAGGGUCAGCAUUGAUCCCCCUGUUCACAACUACAGACUCAUCAACUUGACACCUGACACAGUCUAUCAUAUACAGGUCUCAGCAAAAUCUGCACGUGGUGAAGGACCUCGUACGCCCACAGUCCAGGUUCAUACACCUCCAUUCACUCCAGAAGCUGCACCUGAAGACGUUAGCGGGAGUGCUGUCAGUGAGAAAGAAAUUCAUGUCACUUGGAAGCCCCCAGAUCCGAAAAAGCAGAAUGGCAAACUGGAAGGUUAUAAAGUGUACGCUGUAGAGAACGGCAAUGGGAAGACAGAUAAAGAUGCGGUUGAGAAGAUGGUGGGAGCAGACCAACUGUCAGUUACCAUAGACGGGCUGAAAACCUGGACUGACUAUAAAGUGUGGGUUGUUGCCUUCAACAAAGUUGGAGACGGUCCACCAUCAGCACCAGUUGUCAUCAAGACUGAUGAAGAUGUUCCCGGAGAGCCGAAGAAAGUCAGAGUGGAAGCAGUCAAUUCCACCGCCAUCUUUGUGGAAUGGGAUGCUCCACAAGCCAAGGAACAGAAUGGUGUCAUUAGAGGCUACCAGGUUCACUACAUUGAGGCCAACAGCAACGAUGAGCCAAUCCCUGGUGCCAGGGAGCAGAGCUUUGACACACACGACCCAACAAAGACGGAUGCUUUGAUAACGGGUCUUAAACCUGAAACCAGGUACCUGAUCCAGGUGGCAGCGUACACCAGAAAGGGUGACGGACUGAGGAGUAGACAGAAGAUACUCACCACAAAAGGAGCAGUGCCCUCGCCACCGAGAAGCUUGCAUGUGAACCUUGUUCAGGAUGACCCACCGAGUGUCAAGGUCACAUGGCAGCGACCAGCAGAGACUCAUGGAGAUAUCAAAAACUACCGGAUCAUUUGGGGACCUCGUGGUGAAAGAUAUGAUGAGAUCGUGUUGAACUCUGAGAUCUACUCCUACCUCACUAACACACUGGAUAAAGGUACAACAUAUGAAUUUAGAGUAUCAGCCAAGAAUGAAGUGGAUUAUGGUGAGAGAGCUGUGGCUACAAUCACAACACCAGAUGGAGCACCCUCAGGCGCCCCGCAGAACUUCACAGCCACAGGUUUGACUGAGACCUCUGUACGUUUGACCUGGGACUUGCCAGCCCGUAAUUUACGUAAUGGUGACAUUGUUAUGUACCAGAUAACUUACCAUAAACUGUCUGACCCAAUCAAUGAAGAGGAUCUCAACAGCACCGACACAUUCGUCGACCUGGUCGGCCUUGAGAUGAACACAGAUUACAUCUUUAAGAUUAAAGCCUAUACAAGUCGAGGAGCCGGACCCUGGAGUAACCGCCUACACUUUCGGACAUUUGGUAGAAUGCCACCACCGCCCAAAAAUGUUAAAGCCCGUCGCACAUCAGACACCACUAUUGAGGUACGAUGGGACGAGCCUGACACCCCUGUGUCUGGAUAUAAGAUAUUCUACAAUAUGUUUGCGACCCCUGCCAUGUAUGUGUGGCAGCAGAUGGAAACAGGCCCCUAUACUGUAGCUGAUAUAACAGGAUUGGAGCCACUGACUGUGUAUGCUAUACGUGUUCAAGCCAAGUCUGUGGAUGGUCGGUAUGGAAAUAUGUCUGAAACAAUCACAACAGACGUACGGGAAGUCCAACGUGAUGAUGCAGUGCAGCGGUUUAGAGUCACUCAGAGACUUACCAACCAGGUCAAGCUGUCCUGGGACAAGCCACGGAGGGAGGAUGUCCAGAGCUACAUGCUCCGGUAUGACGGUAUCAAGACAUACAGGGAGGACAACGAGUUGAAACAGGUGUCUUUUGAGUCCAAGGAGGUGAAGAUCAACCACCAGCACACAACCUGGACUGUGACAAACCUCAAGCCGAAGAUGAAGUUUGAGUUCAACAUCAGUGCUGUGUUCAGAGAUGGAGAGGAGGGUUCGCAGCAGUCCCUGGUCACUGAGACUCUGAUUGAUGCCCCGCCCCGUGUUGAGAAGCCCACAAUCCUGGCUGUACAGAAGGGCACCAUUCAGAUGGGGCUGAAACGAGCGUCUGAGAAAAAUGGGCCCAUCAGCCAUUAUCAUAUUAUUGUGGUUCCUUCCAAGUCUGGCCUGACGAAACUACCAUCAGACUACACUCUUGAGGAGCUGACCAAGGAGAGGAUGAGCACAGACAUGCCAGCAUCUCAUCCCUACAUUGCAGCCAGAUUUGAGUCUCAGUCUCUCCCAUCCGAGUUCUACUUGGGCAAUAACCAGGAGUAUGGCUCAUUCUCCAAUCGGCCCUUAAACACAGAUGACCGCUACCGAGUCUUCUUAAGGGCAUAUUCUGUAGACCAGCGCCUGUACACGUCCAGUGACUUCUCAGACGAGAUCAGCAUCUCAUCCAUCAUCGGAUCACAUCCUCCAAGGGGAAGCACUGGCGAUAAAGGGAACCAGAAAAAGGUUAAGGAUGCAGAAGUCUAUGGUGAGGACAGCCAGGUCAAGGAUUUCAACGAUGCCGACGCCAGUGCCCUGUUGACCAUCGUCGCUCCGACGUGUGCCGGGGCUGUAAUCGUCAUUAUCAUCUGUGCCAUCAUCUGCUUCAUUUUCAUGAGGUCAAAGAAAAAGACCAAAGGAGAUCCAAUGGAGCCUGAAGCCAAGGCAUUGAUGAUUGAGCCACCUUCAUAUUCAGUGGAUCCUGUGGAAAUGAGGAGACAGCACUACCAGACCCCAG